AGGUGCGGUAUGAUCUACAUAGAACCGCUACAACUAGGCCCUAUGGUGUUAGUAAAGUCUUACAUGGAUCAUAACCUACCAAGUUGUAUAACAGAAGAGCAGAAAGAUACAUUGAGGAUGCUGAUUGAAUGGCAACUGAUGCCUUGUAUUAACUACAGCACAAAAUACCUAAAGCAUUUUGUAAAACCCCAUGCUAUGCACAUGACCCAAAGUUUCCUGUCUCUACUGGGACUAUUGAUGCUUGAAGUCAAGGCACUGGGUGCUGAAGAAGACGAGGACGAAGACUUUAUAGAGGAGGAUGAAGAAGGAGAAGAGGAAGAGCCAAAAGUUGUCCUCUCUGACUCAAAAAUUAUUGAAGAACGAACCGUCAUGAUCAUCAGCCAUUUUUUCUUUGCCCUUGUUUGGUCAACAGCAGGCACGGUAGAUGGGCCGUCAAGGAUCAAGUUUGAUGAUUUUUACCGGACUUUGUGUGAAAUGGAGGGAGAGAAGUCCAAAUAUCCAAAACCACCAGAACUGAAGUUUGCCAGAAACCUGUUGAUUCCCAAGAAAGGAUUAGUGUUUGACUAUGUGUUCAUGAGGAAACAAUACGGCUCUUGGUACACUUGGGAAAGUCAGAUCGAGAAGAUAGACAUUGAUGAUAAAUGCAAGUUCUUACAGAAUAAGCGAUAUGAAGAUGUUUUUGAGGCUAAAAAAUGGAGGGACUACGAUCUGAGAGUAUUGGUAA